GUCUGGGGCUCGGCGACAACACGUGCUUCCGGUUUGUGACGCCACUUCCUGCAAGAUGGCGGCCUGGGGAGAGGGCUUCGGGAAGAGACACCUGGAGACGCGCGGGUGGCGCCCCGGUAAAGGUCUGGGCCGGCGAGAGGACGGGAUCUGUGAGGCCGUCAAAGUCAAACUAAAAUGUGACAAUGCCGGGGUCGGGCACCACCCCGGGGAGCAGUUCUCCUUUCACUGGUGGGAUCACGUGUUUAACACGGCCUCAGCCAAGAUGCUGGUGCAAACACAUCAGGAUGAGGUCCAGGUCAAACACCUCUCACAGGACGAGGCUCCAAUCACAAACAGGAAACCACGGAAAGCUCAACUCUGCAACAAUCUGCUGUACGGGCGCUUCAUUAAGGCAGGAACAUUGCCCUCUAGUGGCGAGCAGGAGCAGGUGCCGGUGAUAAGCUCAGACAGUGACAGUGAUGAGGAUGAACGUCUCGAUCUGUCCUCGGUCAGGAGGCUGACGGACGAGGAGCUGGUCAGAGCCUGUGGGGGACGAACUGCCCACAAGGGCGCUCGCUACGGCCUUACCAUGAAUGCGAAAUUGGCACGUCUGGCUGAGCAGGAGCGGGAUUUCUUGGUGGGGACGGGGAGCGAGCCCCAGGCCUCCCCUCCCCCCAGCCACGCGGACAAACCUCGCAGAAAGAAAAGGAAGAGAAAACGAGUCGAGGGCGGCGAGGAUGGGGAGGCGAGGGAGACCGGAGACCAGGAAGUGACUCUGCAGGAGGAAACAGAGUCCCGGCACAGGGAGACGGGGAAGGGAGCGACGUCGCACACACUGCCAGAGCCCGGGCGGAGAAAAAGGAAAAAGAAGAGGAAAUAAUAAUAAAAUAAUCCUUGCAUUCAA